GGACUGCAGUUAUUGCCGCGAAAAAGUGGUUGAGGGACUCGCAGUUACGGAAACUUGACCGGGAAACCUAGAGCGGUGUUUAGUAUGAGCCAGAAAGAAGAGCAGAACCUCUUCUUCCUGAACCUGCCAGACCUGCGGAAGCUGUGCUGUGUCACUCUGAGCCUGCCCUGUGGCUGUGAUGUUGGGGAACUGAGGAACACACAGGUGAAGUCAUGCAGAGAGUUACUAUCCCUGUAUCCAGACAUACUUGCUUCUCCUGCUUUAGAGACAUUUGGGGAGAUUACUGUUAUAAUGGCUAUAACCUUUUUCAAAACUGGGAUCAUCCAAGCUUAUACACAGAGACAUGGUCUGCAGAUGGGAGUUCCACAGAGGGUCCUCCCCAUCACUCUGCAGGUUUGCCUCUCGUACACCCUGACUGUCAAACUCGCUCCAAACUGGAACAAGGUCGGGCAGUUCCUAGUGGCAGGAAUGGACUUUCUGUCUUGUUCUGGGAAGCUUAAUGCUGUUGCCAUGCAGCUGAGUGUCAGCGAGAGCCAGCUGUGUCUCAGCGUGGAGGCCAACACAGUCCGACUCCCACCCGCCACGCUGGAGGACUUCGACAUUGCUCCCAAUGAGAUGAGGAGUUUCCACAACAGCAGGGAAGCAGUGAUUCAUUCCUUCUCUUUGCCAAGUAAUUGGUGCUACAUUCUUCCCAGUAUGAAGAGGGGUCAGAUCAUUAGCAUCAGUCACCAGAUGCCCACAGAGUGCCCCUUCCAGUCGUACGCUGACAUACGGAAACAUUGGAGCAGUCUGUAUGGGUACCGGCUCCCCCGAGUGGAUGAGCAAGAUGUGACCUACUGCAGUGUAUACUUCAAGCUGGUUGGAGAGAGGCUCUUCACAUACCCCCUGUGCUGCAUCAGGGCUCUGCCCAUUCAGCGCUUUCCCAGGAUCGACCUGCAGGGGGCACUGAGUUCCUUCUUGUUAGACCUGAGACCUAAUCUCCAGAGUGUAUGUGGCUUCACCAUCCGCAUGACAAGCAAGCCCUGCUACCCCACCACCAGCCUCACUACCACUAGCUCACAGGGUUCCUGCAGCAAACCGGUCAAUCUGAAGAGCAGAUCCUCCAGCCGGCCGGUGCUAACUCAGCUACCCCCCAGCCUCCCUCGAAAUGCCCCAUUUGGAGGAGCUGCAGAGGGGCGCUGUCCAAGCCAGCCAGGUGGGCGUAGCAUUAGCCACCAGUACAGCGGGGGUGAGGCGGAGGCCCCUCUCACUGAUACCACUCCCAAAAACGGGCCUGACUCCACCUCCGCCUCUGCUUUUACCCCUACUCCUGCCCCCGCCCACAGAAUCGUGCCCAUCUUUAGAAACAAGGCGCUCGAACGACACGUCAACGUCACCAAGAUCCUGGCGGAGAGGAGGCAGCAGAGGCGGGAGGAGGGUCUUCAUCACCUGCUGGGGUCCGAUAGGCCCGCCCCUGGCCCCGCCUUUUCCUCAAAGCGGAAAGCGGAUGCCUGCCUCGGGGUGGGGCAGAGCCUGCCUGGCCCCGCCUCUCACCCCAGAGUGGGGAGUCCCUCAUGCCUGCAGGGGCAUAAUAGUGUGGGUGUAGGGAGAGACCAUGAGCCCAGAGGGACUGUCCCACAAUUCCCUGCCAUGAAGACAGAGAUUCCUGCAGCAAUCCCUAGCAGUGCCGGGGGAGACUGGUUCCAGUCUAAACCGAAGAAACCCAAGGUCAGUGUUGUGGAAGUGGACGUGGAGCAUUAUGCAAGAAGCCAUCAGCUGUCAAAGAUCAAUGCUGCGACGCUGCAGGCCUGGCUGAGGGGACGAGGCGUACCUGUCCGCUCCAAGGACAGGAAGGAGGAGCUGGUCGCCAAGGUCAUGCACUGCCUGAGUGAACUGUGAGGACCAGCAGCUCCGGGGUCUGGUCUGGCAGGUUGAGUAACCGGCGCGUUCAUACUCGACGCGUUUGCCCUGUUGUUCGUUCCCAAGUCACAAGCUAGUGCCAGUUGCACUUCCCCUUCAACCAUUACAGACCAAAGGAAUGGUCUGUGGGUCUUUCUGCAUUGAUUGUAAGGAUGACAUUAAUUUUACCUGAACUUUGUGUUUAAUUGAAUUAGCACACUUUAGGCCUGAUUUGCCAAGACCUUUAGCUUGUACAAAACCAAGAGCAUGGCCAAAAACAUGAUUGUUUCGGAUUCAAAUACUUUUCUGUGCUCGAUUGAUCUUGCCUGGUGCGAUUGAGCCA